GAUACUAGGCGACAAGUUUCAGUUCUCCGGAAGAGAAACUGAAAGUGAAAAUGUCUAAAAAAAAAAAGGAGUACAAAUAGUCUGCAUCUGGAGCUACAGUAAGCAGAAGCAAUGGCUGUGGGUGAAAAGAAAGGUCUCCUAGGCACCAGCCAAAGAUGGAAGAUAGAGCUGAAAAGCUUUCAGGAGAAUUAUAUGCCCAGCACCUGGCCCAAGGUGACACACCUGCUGUAUGAGAUCAGGUGGGGUAAAGGAUCCAAGGUGUGGAGAAACCGGUGCUCAAACACACUCACCCAACAUGCUGAAGUCAACUGCUUGGAAAAUGCCUUUGGGAAGCUACAGUUCAAUCAUCCUGUGCCCUGCCAUAUCACCUGGUUUCUGUCCUGGAGUCCCUGCGGCCGAUGCUGUAGAAGGAUCCUGCAGUUUUUGCAGGCACACCCUCAUGUAACCCUGGUGAUCAAGGCAGCCCAACUGUUCAAGCACAUGGAUGAACGCAACCGACAAGGCCUCCGGGACCUAGUGCAGAAUGGAGUUCAUGUGCAAGUCAUGGAUCUACCAGAUUACAGGUACUGCUGGAGGACAUUUGUCACACAUCCACAUGAAGGAGAAAGUGAUUUUUGGCCUUGGUUUUUCCCUCUAUGGAUCACUUUCUAUAACCAGGAACUCCAGCAUAUUCUGUUGGUUAGUAGGUAUUUUGGCAAAAAUGUUGGGUGAGAGAAUAUUGCUAAAGGAUUCGUAAAGGCAGUUUCCAGGAUACCGGCCACACUGUUUUUAGUGCUAUCCGGAGCAGGGUUAUAACCAGAGCUGGGGCCUUCGUUGUGUAAGGGGCUGCACAAACAGAAGGAGGGUAGGGAUGGUGAGGGCACUAGCUUGGGCCUGAAACACUGCCUUCUGCCCUGCUCUCUGUCCUGGAGCAAGCCAGAGCUCGAGCUGUGCCCCCAGCCUUCCUGAAUGAGAGGCAGUUGCUGUAAUUAUUUGGCACUGAGUCAGAUGACAGCCCUCGUGGCAAGAGACAGACAU